AUGGUAGCAAGAAACGUUGCACCUGCUGUAGUGAAGCGUGGAACCUGUGAAUUGUUUCUCAUGUCUGAAACUCGUGAAGUAGAAAAGUUAGCAGUAGCUAGUGCUGUGACGGUCGCCAGCAAUGAAGAGGCGAGCGACAGUGACCCGGAGCUACAGGCGGAGAUGGUGUAUGCCAAAGAGCAUUCGUCGGCGACCGUUCAUAUGAUUGAAUUGAAACACCAUAUGCACCACUUCGCUAACCGUCGUAGGGCCAAAUCCGAAAGUAUUGUGUUUGGUUGUUUCUUCUCCCUUAUCGCCGUUUUGGUACAUCGUUUAGGUGGCAACCUUGUUGUAAACGGCGUUGUCCAUGUUCCCAGAAGCGUCAAAAACCAGCGGCGUUCCCGAUCCGGCCGAGGCAAGGGCCUGGCUAAGAAAGGUCUCUGCUUCUAA